AUGGAAUCUUACGAUCUGAUUCUUACAAGUCUUCUUUAUGCCCAGCCUGGUUUCAAAAAACAAUUUGGCGAGCAGCUGGCGGAUGGGUCGUGGUCGCUGUCAUCAAAAUGGCAGUUGGCCCUUUCAGUGAUAGCAUCAGCCGGUCUUGCUAUUGGGCUUUUGAUCAGUGGGUGGAUUUGUGACAAGUGGCGACCUCGCUAUAUGAUGAUCAUCUGCCAUAUCCUCAUUGCUGGCUUCAUAUUUGUGCCCUUCUACGCAACUACCAUAGAAAUGGUAUUCGGGGGAAUCUUCCUUAUUUCCAUUCCUUGUGGUGUUUUUGCGUCCGCAACGCCUAAUUAUGCCGCCGAAAUAUGUCCAGUCAAGCUGCGAAGCUACGUUACUACUUAUAUCAACUUGUGCUGGGUUGCUGGUCACUUGAUCUGUGCAGGCGUUGUUGCUGGUACUUUGGAUAUUGACGGCAUGUGGUCCUACCGUGUGCCGUUCGCGGUGCAGUGGUCCUGGCCGUUGUUCAUGAUUAUAAUCUGCUGGUUUGCUCCUGAGUCUCCAUGGUGGCUCACACGGAAGGGCCAAGAAAGCGAAGCUCGCAUAUCAUUGGAUAGAGUAUGCUCUGCGCCGGAGGAUGUUAUUGACCCUGAGCAUACCAUGGCUGUAAUCCAGGAGACCCUCAGGCUUGAAAAGGAGGCUAUGCGCAUCCAAGGUGGGUAUUUGGAUUGCUUCAAGGGCGCAAAUCUGCGACGCACUGAAAUUGCCGUGGUUAGUUGGGGAGGUCAAGUCUUACCUGGCUUUGUUUUGCAAAAUUAUUGCGCAUAUUUCUUUACUCUUGCGGGCCUUCCUUCAAACAAAUCUUUUUACAUGUCGUGUGCUCAACAAUUCACAGGAACAUAUGGCGUUGCAUUUAUCGGGACCAUUUUUUCCAUGAUCCUGCUAUCACGUUUUGGUCGCCGCCAGAUUUAUAUUACUGGCCUUUUUACCAUGCUUCCUCUCAUGUGGAUUAUUGGCUUCCUCGAUCUACGAGCCGAUUCGAAUACGAGACGGUGGGCACAAGCAGGAUUACUUUUAGCAUGGUUCUUCCUCUAUAGUUCUUCAAUUGGCCCUAUCCCUUAUGCGAUAGGAUCAGAAGUCGGUGCCGCACGGCUGCGCUCUAAAACCAUCUCCCUUGCACGCGCCAUGUAUUACGUUUUGAGUAUACUCAAUUCUGUCGUCGCUCCUUACAUGCUUAACCCCGCUAAUGGAAACUUGGGUGGUAAGGCCGCUUUUCUCCCUGCGAGUCUUAACAUUUUUGUGGCUAUCUGGGCAUGGUUUCGUCUGCCGGAAACAAAAGAUCUGGGACCCGGUAUUUUGGAUUUGCUUUUCGAGGCUCGUACGCCUACAAGGCUCUUCGUUGAAGAAUCCAAGAAGUUUAUGUGA